CAGCAUUUAAUUAAUGGAUACCAAAAGGAAAUUUAUUGGUAAAGGUGGAAAAACUGGCCGUGGUAAAAAGAAGCUUACAAAAAAUAAUGCAGAUCCUGGUCAUCCAAAGAGAGUCAUUAGAAAAAAUGAAGAUAUAAAACCCACAUUUAAAUCUAAGAAAAAUGAAAAAGGAGGCAAAAAACCUAAUAAAACUGGCGUGAAACAUUGGAAAAGUAAGCAACUCUCAGGGAAUGUUUCCAGAAAGCGCAAAUUUCAAGGUGAUACAGAAGGCUCCCAACCUAAAAAGCCUAAGUGGGCUGACAUCAAGAAGAAAAAGAAGGAAAUAAAACAGAGCCGCCAGCUGAAUGAGAAGACCAAUUAUGACAUAAUUAUUAAAGGAAAACAGAUUUGGGAAGCUCUACGUCGAAAGUUUCACAGAAUUAAGCAAGUCCAAGUAUUCUAGGAACAUUGUGAAGAAACUUCUCAUGUAUGGAACAAAACCACAAAUUGCAGAAAUAAUCAAAAGCUUUAAAGGUGAGGUUAAAAAGAUGUUACGGCAUGCCGAAGCAUCCACGGUGGUGGAAUAUGCCUACAAUGAUAAAGCCAUUCUUGAGCAGCGGAACAUGUUGACGGAGGAGCUUUAUGGUAAUACAUUCCAGGUCUAUAAGACAGCAGAUCAAUCAACCUUGGGUAAAGUGCUAGAGAUUCAGCCCGAAAAGCGAGAAGCCAUUAUGGAUGAGAUAAAACAGAUCCUUACCCCAAUGGCUCAAAAAGAAGCUGUAAUAAAGCAUUCAUUGGUACAUAAAGUUUUUUUGGACUUUUUUACUUACGCUGUCCCUAAACAGAGAUCUGAAAUGAUUGAAGCAAUUAGAGAAGCUGUCAUUUACUUGGCACACACCCACGAUGGGGCCAGAGUAGCCAUGCAUUGCUUGUGGCAUGGGACUCCCAAGGACAGAAAAGUGAUUAUGAAAACAAUGAAGACGUAUGUUGAAAAAAUAGCUACAGGUGAAUUUUCACAUUUGGUUUUGCUGGCAGCAUUUGACUGUAUUGAUGAUACCAAACUUGUGAAACAAUUGAUAAUAUCUGAAUUGAAUAGUAAUUUAGCCGCUGUUAUAAACAACAAAUAUGGAAGGAAAGUCCUGCUAUAUUUAUUGAGUCCACGGGAUCCAACAUAUUUUUCCCCAGCAAUAAUCAAAAUCCUGCAACAGGGUGAUGAAAAUUCUCACAGUAAAAAGGAUGCAGAUGUUCGCCAUGGUGAGCUUCUGGAAGCCAUUUCCACUCCUUUAUUACAGCACCUCAAUGCACAUGCUGAAGAAAUGGUGAUGGACAAAGCUGCGUUCAUUGUAGUGACAGGCAUCCUCAAGGCUGCUGUCGGCGAUGUCCAGCCAGCGAUGAAAGCCAUCGCUGGUCUUGCUGCAAGAAAGAUGAUUCCGGGGGGAGAAGAUGGACAGCUUCACAUUGCUGAACAUCCAGCCGGUCAUUUGGUGCUUAAGUGGCUAAUAGAACAAGAUGAGAAGAUGAGUCAGUCUGGCAGAGAAGGAUGUUUUGCAAGAAUCCUGAUAGACCAUGUGGGAAUUGAUCUUCUAAAGACCUGGGUGGAUGUGAAUCGUGGUGCAAUUGUUCUGUGCCGCCUUCUUCAGAGCUCUGAUCAAGAAGUUGCAACACAAGUCAAAGAUGGACUAAAGAGCAUUAUUCCAAAACUAAAAAGGACUAAAGACUGUACAGCAGCAGCAAAGGCAUUGCUGGAGAAAUUAUUAUCCUAAUUUAAUAAUUAUUCAGUUCCUCUAUGACAGGGGUGUCAAACUCAUGUCAGGGCAUCAUCACGUGACGUAUCAGG